CUUUCUUUGCAUACUAACGACAACCUGUACACCUAGCGACCCUGCGACGACUAACAACAGUGAAGGACUACUUGUCAUCUCAUACAUGGAUGAUUGUUGAUUGAAUACUGUAAUACUAUUCAGCCACAGUAGGCGGCGCAACAAUGGACGACUCAAUGGCAGAGUCCGACUUCGCCAUGAGUGCCAGCAGCGACUUUGAGAUGCCGAAGAAGGCUCCUGCUAAGAAGGCUCCCGCAAAAAAGGCACCAGCUGCACCCAAGGCCAAGGCAGCUCCCAAGAAACAAACCACUCUCAAGACGACAAAGACGACCAAAACAAGCACGAAGAAGCCGCCGACACCACUAAGCGACGACGAGAACUCGGACGCUGACAUUCACAUCGCAAACGACGACGACGACAGCCUGCUCGCAGACACUCCUCCCAAGAAGGCCGCUCCAAAGAAGGCUCCAGCAAAGAAGGCCGCCAAACCUUUGCAAGAAAUCGACAACGAAAGUUUCACAGCAGAAGGCGCUCCAGACAUGGACGGCGCAUCUGACGAGAAGAUGGUUCAACCCAAGCCCAAGAAGGGCAGCGCCACAUCACAGUAUCAGAAGCUCACCCAGCUCGAGCACAUCAUCAAGCGUCCCGACACAUACAUCGGCUCUGUCGAACGCCUCGAGAAGCAGAUGUGGGUCUACAACUCUGAGAACGAAGCCAUCGAGAGCCGCGAAAUCAGCUACGUACCUGGUCUGUACAAGAUCUUCGACGAAAUUCUGGUCAACGCCGCCGACAACAAGCAACGCGACAAGAACAUGAACGAAAUCAAAGUCUGGAUCGAUCGCGAGAAGGGCGAGAUCUCAGUGCGCAACAACGGUCGCGGUAUUCCAGUCGAGAUGCACGAGAAGGAAGGCAUCUACAUUCCUGAGAUGAUCUUCGGUCACCUCUUGACAUCCUCCAACUACGACGACGAUGAGCAAAAAGUCACUGGUGGAAGAAACGGUUACGGUGCAAAGCUUUGUAACGUCUUCAGCACAAAGUUCAUCCUCGAGACAGUCGACUCCAAGCAAGGAAAGAAGUAUACUCAGACAUGGCACGACAACAUGACUAGGAAGGACAAGGCAAAGAUUACCUCGGUCAAGAGCGACGACUACACCAGAAUCACCUUCUAUCCCGACUUUUCGAAGUUCAACAUGGACAAUAUGGAUGACGACUUCGAAGCUCUCGCCAAGCGCCGUGUUUAUGACAUGGCUGGUACAUGUCCUGGUGUCAAGGUCUGGCUGAACGACACCCGCAUCAAGAUCACAAAGUUCAAGCAGUACAUGGAGAUGUACACAAAGGCCAUCAAGACCGAGAGCUUGAUCAACGAGGGCGUUGAGACUCAGGUCAUUCUGACAGACAACCCUAACGAGCGCUGGGAGAUCGGUUUCGCUGUUUCCGACGGCUCCUUCCAACAAGUUUCUUUCGUCAACUCGAUCGCCACUACCUCAGGAGGUACACACGUCAACUACAUCGCUGACCAAAUCAUCAACAAGCUGCUGGAAAUUGUCAAGAAGAAGAACAAGGGUGGUGUGGCACUCAAGCCUGCUCAAAUCCGUAACCAUAUCUUCCUGUUCGUCAACUGCUUGAUCGUCAACCCGGCAUUCAACUCGCAGACCAAGGAACAACUCACAACGAAAGCUUCCCAGUUCGGAAGCAAGUGCACUCUCGGUGACAAGUUCUUGAAGGAUAUUGCGAAGACCGAAGCCGUCAACAACAUCAUGCACUUUGCCCAGCAAAAGGCCGACCAGGUCUUGAAGAAGUCAGACGGUAAUCGUCGCACACGCAUGAGUAACACCAAGCUUACAGAUGCCAACAAGGCCGGCACAAAGGAGGGUUAUAAGUGUACUCUCAUCUUGACGGAAGGUGACUCUGCUGCUAUGCUUGCGCUUGCAGGUCGCGCUGUAGUCAACCAGGAUUACUUUGGUGUCUUCCCUCUACGUGGUAAGAUGUUGAACGUCCGCGACGCAUCCAUCGACCAGAUUUCCAAAAACGCAGAAAUUCAGAAUAUCAAGCAGUUUAUGGGACUACAACACAAGAAGGAAUAUACCGAGACCAAGGGUCUUCGUUAUGGCCACUUGAUGAUCAUGACCGAUCAAGAUCAUGAUGGCAGUCAUAUCAAGGGUCUUCUGAUCAACUUCUUGCAAGUCCAGUUUCCCAGCUUGCUCAAGAUUGAUGGUUUCUUACUCGAGUUCAUAACGCCCAUCGUCAAGGUCUGGAAGGGUGACCCUAAAUUCCCUAAGGUCAAGCGCGACUUCUUCACAAUGCCUGAAUACGAGGCUUGGAGACAACAGGCUGGCCAUGACAAGGGUUGGGAGCACAAAUACUACAAGGGUCUGGGUACUUCCGAUACAAGAGAUGCCGAGAUUUACUUCAGCGACCUAGACAAGCAUCUCAAGACGUUCCACACCAUGCAGGAUCAUGAGAAGGACCUGGUCGAUCUCGCUUUCAGCAAGAAGAAGGCCGAUGAGCGCAAGAUGUGGCUUCAAAACUUCGUCCCUGGUACUUACCUCGACAUGUCUGGCAAGGAGAAAAUUAGCUACGACGACUUCAUCAACAAGGAGCUCAUCUUGUUCAGUAUGGCUGACAACUUCCGUUCGAUUCCCUCCCUGGUUGAUGGUUUCAAGCCUGGCCAGCGCAAAAUUCUAUACACUGCUCUCAGAAGAAAUCUGAAGAAGGAUAUCAAGGUCGUUGAGCUUGCUGGUCUAGUCUCUGGACUGACCGCAUACUCCUACGGUGAAACAUCUCUGCAGCAGACUAUCAUUGGUCUUGCUCAGACUUUCGUCGGGUCCAACAACAUCAACGUCCUUGAGCCAAGUGGUAACUUCGGUUCCCGUCUUCAAGGUGGCAGUGACGCAGCCAGCGCUCGUUACAUUUAUACUCGCAUGUCUCCCUUCGCCCGUCGUAUUUUCAACGCACAUGACGAGCCUCUUUUGACCUACAAUACUGAUGACGGCAAGACCAUCGAACCCGAGACCUAUGUUCCUGUCGUGCCGAUGAUCCUCAUCAACGGUGCUGACGGUAUCGGUACUGGUUGGUCGACUUCCAUUCCCAAUUACAACCCAGCAGAUGUCAUUGAGAAUAUUAGACUCAGAAUGGCAGGAAGCUCAAAAGCCGACAUGAAGACCAUGAAGCCUUGGUUCCGUGGCUGGAAAGGAGAGACAGAGGAUAUCGGCAAUGGUCGCUUCAGAUUCACUGGUACGAUUACGCACAACGAUGACAACACAGUUGAAGUUACUGAGUUGCCCGUGCGCUUCUGGACUCAAGACUUCAAGGCACAUCUCGAAGAAGUCAUCAAGGCUGAGAAGACGCCAUCGUUCAUCAAGGAUUACAGCGAGUACAACACACCUGAAAAGGUUCAUUUCAUCAUCACUCUUGACGACAAGGGCAUGAAGGUUGCACUUGACAAAGGCCUGGAAGAACAAUUCAAGCUGAGCAGAACAAUGGCCACCACCAACUUGGUUGCUUUCGAUGGUCAAGGUCGUAUCCACAAGUACGAAACGCCCCUUGACAUCAUGGAAGAAUUCUACCACAUCCGUCUUGCAUUCUAUGAGAAGAGAAAGCAGUACCUUCUCAAUGAGAUGCAGAGAGAGCUUGACAAGUUGAGCAACCAGUCACGCUUUGUCCAGAUGAUUAUUGAUGGCAAGCUGGUCGUUUCCAAGAAGAAGAAGUCUGUUCUUGUUGCAGAGCUUCACAAGCUCAACUUCAAGCCUAUUCCCAAGCUCGCCGAUGCCAAGAAGCAGGGUGAGCUCGAGGAAGUCGUUGAGGAAGAGGACGAUUCUGAUGACGCUGCACCUGGCGCCAAUGAUUUUGACUACCUCCUCGGCAUGGCCAUUUGGUCCUUGACCCAGGAGCGUGUUGAGAAGCUUCUCAAGCAGAUCGGUGACAAGGAGGCCGAAGUUGAUGCACUUAUCAAGCUCUCACCCAAGGACCUCUGGACCAGAGAUUUGGACGAACUACUCGAGGAGUGGCACACUCAGCUGGAAGUUGAGGAGACACGCGCGAAGAAGUCGAAGAGCAAAGGUCGUCGCACAUCAUACAAGCUCGGUGGUGCUGCAUCCAAGAGCAAGAAGCGCAAGUCGGAGGAUAGUGACGAUGACGACGACUAUGACUUUAAGAAGCCGAAGACUACCGCAAAGACGUCCACUGCUUCCAGGACCGCUCCGGCGCCCAGAUCAAAGGUCUCGAAGGGCGCUGCAGGUUUAGGUUCGUUGGACAACUUCCUCAAGCCCACUGCCAGCAAGCCUGCUGGUGUCUUCCCCGUUGUUGAUGGUAUCGAGCAGCAACCUGUUGCAGCUCCUCCGGCAGUCAAGGCGGGACUCAUCGCACCCUCAGACAUCACCAAGCCUCUAGUGAAGAGAAAGGUCAAGCUCUCAGAUUCUGAGUCUGACGAUGAUAUCGAGAUGAUUCCCAGCAAGCCUGUGACCAAGGCACCUGUUAGAAAGAAGACUUCUCUAGACACUGACGAUGAGGAAGAUGUCAAACCAGUCAUCAAGGCUACCGCAAAGCCUGCUGCAAAGCCCGCACCCAGAAGAAAGCCUGUCAUCGAAUCAGACUCGGGAGAGUCGGAUGUCGACAUGUUUGACGCCGAGAAGAUGAAGCCAGUCGCACAACCCGCCACUACUUCCCGCAAUGGCCGUGCCGCCGCAAAGAAACCAGUCAAAUACGCUCUCGACUCUGAUGAAGAAAUGUCUGACGACGACCUCGGCGACAUCAGCAAGAUGGUCAAGGAGAUCCCCAGUGCCGCCCCCGGUCGUUCUCUCCUCAGCAAUUCUGCGCACCGUCCCGGAGCAAGUCAUGGCAUCAGACCAUCCCAGACCAGGAAGGAAAGUGUAGAGCCUGUCGACGACACAGAUUGGGCCGAACUCGCCAAAGGUACACCCGCCAAACCCAUUGCCCAAGUCACAAACUUUGACGACGAAGAUGCAAGCAUGGAUGACGACAGUAUUCUUCUCUCUCACCGUAAACCUGCACCUCUAAAGACGAUAUCCAAGACCACGGCAACCAAACCUACUGCAUCUACAGCUGCAAAGGCGAAAAAACCUGCCGUUGCGCCAAUCAAGACACUCUCGCCAGCCGCGAAGGCAUACGCAGCUAAACAAUCCAAGGCAGCCGCCGCGAAAGUAGCACCUAAAGCCCCUAUUCGCAAAAAGACAUCGCUUGAUAGCGAAGAUGAGGACGAGGAUUUGGCCAAUGACAUCUUGAGUGAUGAGGAUGAGGACUCGGUUCUUCCAUCUCCGGGUGUCAAGCCUGCGGGAGCGAGACCAUCAAGACGUGCUGCUGCUGUUGUGGCAAAGAAGAAGUAUGUUCUUGAUGAUGAUGAUGAGGAGAGUGAAGAGGAAGUCAGCGAGGAAGAGGAAGAAGAGGAGACGUUUGAAGAUGAGAGUGAUUAAAGAAACUCACACAAGGGGGAUUGCCGGCGUUUUCUUUUUGCUAAAAUUGCAUUUUAGCAGUACAAAGGAGUGUGGGGGAUGAUUUUUCUGGAGGACUUUUUGAAGUCCUCUUUUGCGGGUUUCGAGAUGAAACCGCUUAUUUCGUAUUCUCUGCUCUUCUCUACUUUUUUCCUCCGUUGUAUUCGAAGGGCUUUUGAAUCCCCUGACACGGAAGGCCUUUUCUAGCCUUUGUUAUUUUUCCAAUAGAGUGCUCUCACUUUCACCUUGCC